AUGGAGACCUGCGCUAACAAGAGUGGGCUAUCGUCUGUUUCUAACGGAGGCAAUUCGAGCCAGCAGUCCGAGUUGUGGAGGCCAUGGUUUCGAAAUGAGGAUAACAAUGUCCGACACAAGAAUCUUUCAAACCAUGGAGACCUCAGUGGCGCAAAAGAUCCGAAAACACCUCAAGUGAUCCAUCCAGUCAAGUUGUACUGGCCAAAAUCGAGAUGCUUUGAUUACCUGUACCGGGACGCAGAAAUACUCCUUCGCAACUAUCCAGUCCAAGCAGCAAUCUGCACCUACGAAGACUCCAGCAGCGACGAAGACAACGAUGAUGACGAGGAGGAGGUUGAAAAGGAGAGGAACUAA